ACCCUAACCCCCUCUGUUUUCUUUUAUCUUCUCUCCCUCUCCUCUCCAUCGAAGCUUCAACGAACGUUCCACCGCUGCGCCGCCGGCCACCAUCCGCCGUCACUCGACCGCUGUCUCUACCCGCGCCGCCACCAACAACCCCUGGACUCGUGCCGUUUGAGCUGAGGAAGCCGUAGAAACCUCGCGUUGCCUUCGCCACCUUCAUAUUCGCAUUCAAAUCCACUUCCUUCUUAUCCCCCAAAUUCAGCGAAGAGCAAUGGGGAUAUUCGAACCGUAUCGAGCAAUCGGUUACAUCACUAGUGGUGUCCCCUUCUCCGUCCAGAGACUGGGGACCGAGACCUUCGUCACCGUCAGCGUUGGAAAAGCGUGGCAGAUCUAUGAUUGUGCUAAGUUGACACUGGUGCUCGCUGGACCCCAAUUACCAAAGAAGAUCCGAGCUCUGGCUUCCCACAAGGUUUACACAUUUGCUGCUUUCGGAACUGAAAUUGGACUUUUCAAACGUGCUCAGCAGGUAGCCACAUGGAGCAGACAUGAAGAAAAAGUUAAUUCAUUACUUUUGUUUGGAGACCAUAUUUUAAGCCUUGAUAUUAAAGGUAAUGCAUUUAUAUGGGCAUUUAAAAGAGUGAAAGGGAACCUUGAACCAGUUGGGCAUAUUCAGUUAGAAGACAAAUUCUCUCCAAGCUGUAUAAUGCAUCCUGAUACUUACUUAAACAAGGUCAUUAUCGGAAGCCAAGAAGGUCCAUUGCAAUUAUGGAACAUCAGCACCAAGAAGAAACUUUAUGAAUUUAAAGGCUGGAAUUCAUCUGUUUGUUGUUGUGUUGCAUCGCCUGCAUUGGAUGUGGUUGCAGUUGGCUGUUCUGAUGGAAUGAUUCACAUUCACAACAUGCGUUAUGAUGAAGAGUUAGUUUCAUUCACCCAUUCUACACGUGGUGCUGUGACUGCUUUAUCAUUCAGAACUGAUGGACAACCUCUUCUGGCCUCUGGGGGUUCAUCAGGCAUUAUAAGCAUAUGGAAUCUGGAGAAAAGAAGACUACAAUCAGUCAUCAGGGAAGCUCAUGAUGGUUCAAUAAUAUCACUCCAUUUUUUGGCUAAUGAACCUAUUCUUAUGAGUUCUGCUGCAGAUAAUUCAAUAAAAAUGUGGAUAUUUGAUACAACUGAUGGGGAUGCUCGUCUUUUACGCUUUCGAAGUGGUCAUAGCGCUCCACCGCGGUGCAUAAGAUUCUAUGGAAAUGGAAGAUACAUUUUAUCAGCUGGUCAGGAUCGUGCUUUUCGUCUUUUCUCUGUCAUUCAGGAUCAACAAAGUAGGGAGCUUUCUCAGCGGCAUGUGACUAAAAGAGCCAAGAAACUUAGAUCAAAGGAAGAAGAGAUCAAACUGAAGCCUGUCAUUGCAUUUGAUUUUGCUGAGAUUCGUGAGCGUGAUUGGUGCAACGUUGUCACUUGUCACAUGGAUACUCCACGGGCAUAUGUAUGGCGACUUCAGAACUUUGUUCUUGGUGAGCAUAUUCUGACACCAUCUACAGACAACCAGACACCGGUUAAGGCCUGUGCAAUAAGUGCAUGUGGUAAUUUUGCCAUCUUGGGCACUGAAGGCGGUUGGAUUGAAAGAUUUAACCUUCAAUCAGGAAUUAGCCGAGGCAGUUACGUGGAUAUUUCUGAGGCAAGGCAGUGUGCACAUGAUGGGGAAGUUGUUGGAGUAGCUUGUGACGCUAGAAACAGCAUUAUAAUAAGUGUAGGAUACCAGGGUGAUAUCAAGGUGUGGGACUUUAAAGGUCGUGAACUGACAUCUAGAUGGGAAGUUGGAUGUGGUGUCACGAAAAUCGUAUAUCACCGAACAAAUGGUCUUCUAGCAACUGUAGCAGAUGAUAUGGUUCUCCGUCUGUUUGAUGUUGUGGCACUACGGUUGGUUCGUAAAUUUGAAGGUCAUUCAGAUCGAAUCACUGAUUUGUGCUUUAGUGAGGAUGGAAAAUGGCUACUGUCCUCCAGUAUGGAUGGGAGUCUAAGAAUCUGGGAUGUCAUAUUUGGUAGACAAAUAGAUGCAUUACGUGUCGAUGUGCCUAUAACAGCAGUAUCUCUGUCUCCUUCCAUGGAUAUUAUGGCAACUUCUCAUGUUGAUCAAAAUGGUGUCUAUCUUUGGGCUAAUCAGGCAAUGUUCUCUGGAUCAUCCCAUAUCGAUUUCUAUGGAAGUGGGAAAGAAGUUCGGAAAGUCCAAAUGCCAUCUGCUUCUUCGAAAGAAGGAUCUGAAGAAGAUGAAUCGAUUCGUGCUUCAGGAGAUCCAUAUCAAAUAGAAAAAGCUCACCCUGUUCCUUAUCCUAAUCUUCAAAUGCCUAAUCUGAUCACACUGUCCUUGCUCCCCAGGAGCCAGUGGCAAAGUUUAACUAAUUUAGACAUUAUAAAGCUGCGUAACAAGCCAGUUGAGCCGCCAAAGAAGCCAGAAAAAGCGCCUUUCUUCUUGCCAUCAAUUCCAUCUCUUUCAGGAGAAAUAUUGUUUCAACCUAAUGUGGCUGCUAUCAAUCAAGAAAAAAAACAAAAUAAUGAGCUGAUGCAUAAUAACAAAAAAAUUGAUUUAUCUUCGCAGUUUAUUCUGCUGCUACAGUCCUGUGCAGACACCAGAAAUUUUUCAGCAUUCACGGACUAUAUUAAAAGUUUAUCGCCCUCGACUCUAGAUGUGGAGCUUCGUAUGCUGCAGAUAAUAGAUGAUGAAGGUUUGCAAAAUAUAGAUCAGAGGCCAGAGUUGCAUUCUAUUGGACUGCUUUUGGACUAUUUUAUUCAUGAGCUUUCCUCCAGAAAUAACUUUGAAUUUAUCCAAGCAGUUAUUAGAUUGUUUCUUAAGAUACAUGGCGAAACAGUGCGGCAUCAUUCAACUCUGCAGGACAAGGCAAAGAGGCUUCUGGAUGUUCAAAGUUUGGUUUGGCAGAGGGUAGAUGCAAUGUUUCAAAGUGCUAGAUGCCUUGUUACAUUCCUCAGCAAUUCACAAUUCUAGAUACAAGGAACCCUAUAUACGUUCACCUUAGAGAUAUGCAAGUCAUGUUCAGAUUUCAGCAAGUGGCAGUGGAUUUCUUGACAGCUUUUGACACUUUGCCGCACAUUGGCCGUAUUCCUUGAUAGAUCCUUCAGCGGGUGAUGGAUUGUCUGCUUGAGAUUGGGAUAAAGUAACAAGAGAUCAUGUAAAGUACCUGAGAAGAUCUGUAUGAAAAUUUUGUUAUGCAUACCUAUAAUUCGGAGAAGAGUUGUGGUUUGAUCAUCCUCCACAAAGUGCAAGAACAUUUUUACUAAGAAAAGAGUUACCAUAGGAUGUCCCUGGCAGGCUUGUGGAGACCUGCUAGAGGAUACAGAUGUUUCGGUGAGGGAUUGUGAUUUUUUGGUGCAACCAGAAUGAGCCUGCUGCUUCCCUUUCAGCCUUAUCUCUUUUAUGUAAUGUUUUCAAUGUCCAUCAGUUAAUGUGCAAGGACCACGUCGUCACCAGUUUUGUCCAUUCUGUUUUCUUGUUUCUUUCCCUGAGCCUCGAGGCGUGCUGCCUUUUUAUUAUAAGCCCUUGAACAAUAAAAUGUCUUUAAAGAAGCAGCAGUGAAACAUCUGUGAGCAUUUGACUCAAU